AUGACAGAACUUAAGUCCAUUGAACAAUUAAUCAAUAUAUAUCAAGCAAUAAGAACUGAGAAGUUGCUGAAGAUAAAGCCUGGAUUUUCGAUAGACUUUGACUGUCCACCUGUUGUUUCAGAAGAUGUUCCUCAAUCUCUUCCUAUCGAGACAAUAAAACUACCUCUGACAAACUCAAAAGAAUUAUCGUCUGAAAUCAGUUCAUUAAAUGCGUUACAACAGCCUGAUACACUGCAGGAUUUCGUAUGUCAAGUGCAACAAAUUGAUAGUUCUCAUAAUCACAAUGAUGACAGUAACAGAAAAUAUGAAAAUACAAAAACAACAUAUACUAUUAAUCGAAUGGCAAGCGAUGGGAAAAAUGUAAUGUAUACAAGUUAUUACGAUGAAGGAUCUGAUCUUAUUACAUACAGAUGUAUGAACAGUGUUGAUCGAUAUAAGCAUUGGAAACAAUCACGUAUUGACGAUAUGAUAUGGUGGAAUAAUAUUGCUAAGUUUAUCUGUGCUACUAAAGAUGGAAACUAUGCGGUGGAUUCCAUCAAAGAGAUGUUUAAAAUUACAUGUAUUAUACGUGGUAAAUGUUCGUAUUGUCGUGUAGCAGCUAAUGCUGAUAAUCUCUUUAUAUGGAUCAAUCGUACCGAAAAUAAAUUUUAUGGUGUUGAAGUCUAUUCUAACCAAUUUGAGUGUAUAAGACUCAUUGACUUCAACCGUCGUCCAGUUGAAUAUUUUAUACGCAACAUUGUUAGUUUUUGUGUGACAGAUAAUCUUGUGGCAUCAAUUUGUACGCGUAUGCAGAAUUAUCGUGAAACUUUUCUGGUUACUUUCUGUGAUUUUCAAAUGAACAAAUUGAACUCAAUUGCUCUUGGUGAAUGUGAUGGCUUUAUAGAAAUUCGUACCGACGGAAAGGAUCGAUUCUUCAUUACAACGGGACGUCGUCGAUUUUAUAUUAUUCAUUCCAAUGGUAAAAAGCAAAUAAUCAAUCUUAACAGUGAUGGUGACUGUAUUGCGAUUCUUCAUAAUGGACGCGUUGCUAUCAGUAAACAGCGCAAAAGCAUGGAAAUCAUAACUUAUUAA